AUUGAACUGCACAAGCAAGUGCAAAUGGGCAUGCCUCGGUCUUGUAGACCAUUGCAAGUUGGGUGAGUUCUUAAUUGAGUGCUAAAAGUAGUGGAAGAGAAGGCUCAAUGAUGAAGGUCCACAAUUGACAAUCCGCAGCCAACUACCCUUCCCAUUGGAAGCAUAAUAUCUUCUUCUUUCUCAUCACUGCGACCUUUUCAGUAGCCCAAGUUUGGAAGUUAGCUACAAAUUCCAUCUUGUGCAAUUGACUUUGAAGUCAAGGCAGGGCAUUUUUGAAUAGGCUCCUUUUGCUGGUUGCAAGUUCUUAUGAUCAUUUUUCUACUGGAGUGCUGCAGGGGGGAUGAUGAGGUGUAUCAUGGCAGGUAGGUCAGUUGUUACCUCUUCUGCAGAGUGACGGAAAGAAGAGUUGAGCUUCUGAUAGUGGAGUCAGCAGCUCACAGUACGUGUUCAGCAAUAGCACAGAGAUGAGAACUCCUAUUUUCAUCCUGUGUGCAUUCGUUGCAUGUCUUCAGACCGGUUUGGGAAGCACAGACCCUCAAGAUGCUGCUGCUCUGCUGUCUCUAAUGAGCGAGUGGCAGAACACGCCUCCGAGCUGGGGGGCAUCCGACGACCCUUGUGAAACACCUUGGGAAGGUGUCUCAUGCAACAACUCUAAAGUCACCGUUCUGAAAUUGUCAACCAUGGGGAUCAAGGGCACACUGAGCGCAGACAUCGGAACACUCAGCGAAUUGAGAAUUUUGGAUCUAUCAUUCAACAAUGAGCUUGGUGGUCAACUAACUCCGAGUAUUGGAAGCUUGAUGAAGCUGACCACCCUAAUCUUAGCUGGUUGCAGCUUUACUGGGAGCAUCCCAGAUGAACUAGGAUCUCUACAAAACCUCUCAUAUCUCGCUCUAAACUCAAACCAGUUCACUGGCAAAAUCCCAUCAUCCAUGGGCAAGCUUUCCGAUCUUUUCUGGUUCGAUAUCGCCGAUAACAAGAUCAGUGGACCUCUUCCAGUCUCCAAUGAAAGAGAACCAGGCUUGGACCUGCUUCACCACGCAAAACAUUUCCAUUUCAACAAAAAUCAAUUAUCUGGUUCCAUCCCGGAAAAACUCUUUCACUCAAACAUGACAUUGUUACACGUACUUUUUGAUGGAAACAGAUUAACGGGAAGAAUUCCAGAUUCCAUAUGUCUAGUGCAAAGCAUUGAGGUUCUGCGAUUGGACAGGAAUUCACUAAAUGGCACAGUUCCAUCCAAUAUCAACAAUCUUACAAAGAUCAAUGAACUAAACCUAGCAAAUAACCAGCUAACGGGUUUACUACCAGAUCUGAGUGGAAUGGAUAGCCUCUAUUAUGUGGAUUUGAGCAACAACACCUUUGAUCCCUCAGAAAGCCCAGCUUGGUUCUCGAAGCUUACAUCGCUCACUGCACUAGUGAUACAAUCAGGAGGGCUUUUUGGAGAAGUACCUGAAACACUUUUCAGUUUUCCUCCGUUACAGCAAGUGAUACUGGAUUACAAUCACUUUAAUGGCACCCUUCGACUGGGCAAUUCUGUCAGCCAACAACUACAACUUGUGAGCUUCAAAAAUAAUAAUCUCACAGGCAUCGAACUGACAAACGGUUAUAACCUUACAUCCCUGAUACUCGUAGGGAAUCCUAUUUGCUCUAAGUUACCCACUGCAACAUACUGCACGCUGAGCCAAGAUCCACCAGUUCCUUACUCAACCAGCGUUGUUAAUUGUGUGUCGAACUUGUGCCCCCCAGAUCAGAGUCCUAAUCCUCAGAGUUGCAGUUGUGCCUACCCAUUCCAGGGAGUGAUGUACUUCAGAGCACCUUUUUUCAGAGAUGUGUCAAACAGAACGCUGUUCCAAGAACUGGAAAAUAAAUUGCAGACAGCACUUGAUCUCACACCUGGAUCAGUAUUCUUGCAAAAUCCAUUUUUCAACGACGACUCUUAUAUGCAAAUACAGGUCAAAAUUUUCCCAUCCACUGGAAUGUACUUCAGUAGGUCUGAGAUCCAAGACAUUGGGUUCGAUCUGAGCAAUCAAACGUUCAAGCCUCCACGAUUGUUUGGUCCUUUCUAUUUCAUUGCAUCCACAUACCCUUUCCCAGCCGUAGAAGGAAGAUCCACAAUGAGUGUUGGAUUGAAAAUUGGAAUAGCAGCUUGUUGUGCACUUCUGGUUAUUGGACUUCUUGUAGUAACUAUCUAUGCCUUGAGACAGAGAAGGCGCGCUGAAAGGGCCAUUGAGCAAAGCAAGCCUUUUGGAUCAUGGGCACGCGGGCACAGCGGAGAUGAAGGUAGUGAGGCACCACAGUUGAAGGGAGCAAGAUGGUUCUCUUAUGAAGAACUUAAAAGAUGCACUAAUAAUUUUUCAGUUUCUAAUGAGAUUGGUUCUGGAGGUUAUGGAAAGGUCUAUAGAGGAAUACUUCCAGGAGGGCCAAUAGUUGCAAUCAAGAGGGCGCAGCAAGGAUCAACACAAGGUGCACUUGAAUUCAAGACAGAGAUCGAGUUGCUGUCAAGAGUUCAUCACAAAAACCUUGUAUCACUAGUGGGUUUCUGCUUUGAUCAAGGGGAGCAGAUGUUGGUAUAUGAAUUCGUUCCCAACGGAACACUAAGAGAGAGCCUCUCUGGAAAGAGUGGGAUACUGCUAGACUGGAGGAGGCGGCUGCGAAUUGCACUUGGUUCAGCUAGAGGAUUGGCAUAUCUUCAUGAACUAGCUGAUCCUCCAAUCAUACACAGGGAUGUUAAGUCAAGUAACAUCCUGUUGGAUGAAAACUUGAAUGCAAAGGUCGCAGAUUUUGGCCUUUCAAAGUUGAUGUCGGACGAUGAAAAGGGCCAUGUUUCCACUCAAGUAAAAGGAACAAUGGGAUACCUUGAUCCUGAAUACUAUUUGACACAACAAUUGACAGACAAAAGUGAUGUUUAUAGCUUCGGAGUGGUGAUGCUGGAGAUGAUUACUGCCAAGCAACCAAUUGUGAAAGGAAAAUACAUCGUUCGUGAGGUGAAGAUGGCGAUAGAUGCUAGUGAUGAAGAAUUCUAUGGGCUAAAGGAAUUAAUGGAUCCUGUAAUUCAAAUCGCAACUAAUCUCAUAGGAUUCAGGAAGUACACAGAGUUGGCAUUGAGAUGCCUAGAAGAACUAGCUGCAGAUCGUCCAACGAUGAGUGAUAUCGUGAAGGAAAUUGAGAUGCUGCUGCAUUCUGCUGGUCUAAGCACAAACUCACAAUCAGCAUCUUCAUCUGCCACAGAUAUCAGGAAUUCAAAAGGUGUUAUCUCCCAACCUUACAUUUCUGGAACAAGAAAGGAUGUGAGUGAGGAUAACUUUGACUAUAGUGGUGGCUAUUCAUUCUCUGCAAAACCUGAACCCAAGUGACAAAGCACUUCCUUGCAGAUUAUCUAAUCUAUAUAAGGACAACACUAAUUUUUAGCUGGCAAUCUGUGCUAAAAUGUAAUAGAACUGUUCAACUGUAGAAAAAAACGUGUUUCUAGGUGAGAAUGGAUUCAUAUUAAGAACUAUCAUUUCUUUCUCAAA